UACGAGUCCUGUGGGUCACCCCCACGCCCACCCUCAGUUCCCACUUUCUGGUGAGCCCUCAGUCGUGGAAAAAGGGGACAGGAGUGCAGGGGACAGAAACUCAAGCCCUGGGCUGCGAGCGAGCGGCCAGCGGCAAGUCUCCAGCCUGCCGGCAGGGGGAGCCCGAGCGGCCCUCACGCUCGGCCGGCGCCGCACAAGCGCCCCAUUAAAAGCGCCGCCGGCCGGCAGACCGCGGCGAGACGUGCGUCCGGCUGUCCGGGCCCGCUUCCUCCCUCCCCGGGCCCAGGGCACCGGGCCCGGUGUGACUGGCGGUGGUGUGGAGGCUCAAACUUGAGCAAACAAAUAAGUUCAGGGACGCCUCCCUCUCUCCGGUGUAAACUUGGGGCUCUAGACACACCCAUCCCCCCAUCCCAGAAAAGCGCGAGGAAAGGAGGUGGGGGUCGGGAGCUAGCAGGAUCUGAGAGCAGGGAGGAGGGGAGCCAGGGCUGGGGGACGGGUUUGGGGGCCAUGGUCCCAGCCUGCAGGGUCGCACGCUGGGGGAAGGGCCCCGCCCCCCUCCCCGUCCAGGGCGGGGGCGCAUCUCUGGGCGGGAGGGAGUUAAGGCGGGUGCCCUCGAUGCUCCACGUAGAAGCUGGCUCCGGCUGCCGGCUGCGGUCAGGGCCACCGUAUAAAUAGGGCGGGAGACCCGAGCGCCGAGGACUUGCCGCCGCCCGCGCCCCGCCGUCGCCGCUGCCCCCAGCCCCGGCCCCAGGCGUCUCGGCCAUGGCUCGCCCGAUGCUCUUGCUCAGCCUCGGCCUUCUGGCCGGUCUGCUGCCGGCGCUGGCCGCCUGCCCCCAGAACUGCCACUGCCACGGCGACCUGCAGCAUGUCAUCUGCGACAAGGUGGGGCUGCAGAAGAUCCCCAAGGUGUCAGAGAAGACCAAGCUGCUCAACCUACAGCGUAACAACUUCCCGGUGCUGGCUGCCAACUCGUUUCGGGCCAUGCCGAACCUCGUGUCGCUGCACCUGCAGCACUGCCAGAUCCGCGAGGUGGCCUCCGGCGCCUUCCGUGGCCUCAAGCAGCUCAUCUACCUAUACCUGUCCCACAACGACAUCCGUGUGCUGCGCGCCGGCGCCUUUGACGACCUGACCGAGCUCACCUACCUCUACCUGGACCACAACAAGGUGACUGAGCUGCCCCGGGGGCUGCUCUCCCCACUGGUCAACCUCUUCAUCCUGCAGCUCAACAACAACAAGAUCCGUGAGCUGCGCGCAGGCGCCUUCCAGGGCGCCAAGGAUCUGCGCUGGCUCUACCUGUCGGAAAAUGCACUCAGUUCCCUGCAGCCUGGCGCUCUGGACGAUGUGGAGAACCUCGCCAAGUUCCACCUGGAUAGGAACCAGCUGUCCAGCUACCCCUCAGCUGCUCUGAGCAAGCUGCGGGUGGUGGAGGAGCUGAAGCUGUCCCACAACCCCCUGAAAAGCAUUCCUGACAACGCCUUCCAGUCCUUCGGCAGAUACCUGGAGACCCUCUGGCUGGACAAUACCAACCUGGAGAAGUUCUCCGACGGCGCCUUCCUGGGUGUGACCACGCUGAAACAUGUCCAUCUGGAGAACAACCGCCUGAACCAGCUGCCCUCCAACUUCCCCUUUGACAGCCUGGAGACCCUCACCCUCACCAACAACCCCUGGAAGUGUACUUGCCAGCUUCGGGGCCUCCGGAGGUGGCUGGAAGCCAAGACUUCCCGCCCUGAUGCCACUUGCGCCUCACCGGCCAAGUUCAGGGGCCAGCACAUUCGUGACACCGACGCCUUCCGAGGCUGCAAGUUCCCUACUAAGAGGUCCAAGAAAGCCGGCCGCCAUUAAACAGUGCCUUACAGUACCCAGAAUGUGAGAGGUGCUCUGUUGAAUGACCAAAUGAAUGGAUCAUAAAUGAUGCACAUAGAAUCCAACUAAAAAAUAAGCAAAGGACUUGGAUAGGCACUUUUUCCAAAGAAGAUAUGCGAAUGGUCAACAAGUAUGAGAAAUGCAAAUUAAAACCACAAUGAGAUGCCACUUCAAACCCACUACGAAGGCUAUAAUCAAAAAACCAAAAUGACAAGUAUUGGUGAGCAUGGGGAGAAAUUGGAACACUUGUGCAUUGCUGGUGGGAAAGUCAAAUGGUGCAGCCACUUUGGAAAACAGUCUGGCAGUUCUCCAAUAAGUUAAACAUAGAAUUGCCAUAUAACCCAUAUAAUUCCACUCUUUGGUACGUACGAAUUGAAAACAGAUGUUCAGAAAAAGACUUGUACACAAAUGUUUCUAGCAGCACUAUUUAAUAGCCAAAAGGUGAAAACAACCCAAAGGUCCAGAGCGGAGAAAUGGAUAAACAAAAUGUGAAAUAUUCAUACAAUGGGAUAUUAUUUGGCCAUUCGAAGGAAUUAAGUAGUGGUACAUUUGUGAAAAUAAAUAAAGGAAACCUCAUUUAAAAUGGAAUCGGGAAGGCCUGAAGGGGGAACUGACACACAUACCACUUGUUGCAGCUGCAUAACUAGCAGGAAGAAAGGUGAGAAUUAUUUUGACAAGGGAGGACAUUAAUCAUGUGGGAAUUUCAUCUCCUGCUUUUAAGAAAAACAAGGAAGAUUUCUCCCUGCCCCAGCGACAAGGCACUAACCACUGCUUGUAGUCCAUGAGAAGCUGCCACAGCCUCAAGCUCUGGUUCUUCUCCAAGGUUUUGUUCAAAGGAAGCUUGCCCAGUUUCCUCCUGAAACCUCAUAAAACCUGACUUUCCCUUUGUCCCUUGGGACAGACCUAUGUUUCGCCAUAGCUUGUGUGUCCCGAAUUGUAAUUGCUCUGCCAUUCCUAAAUAAAUCCAUUUUGCUGGUAAAAUAA